AUGGCCCCGCCGACAGACGAAGAAAAGGACGUGCUGCAGCAGGCUCUAUUGGCUCGCCUGGCACCGACGCCGUUUGCCUGCACCGGUCCACUCACAGCGCUCACGAGCGGAACAACCAACUUUGUCUUCCGGGGCGUGCUUGCGCAUCCGACAGCCGACGGGGCGCCGAGCAUCGUCAUCAAGCAUGCGACCGACUAUGCGGCAGCGAACAAGGACUUUCCCUUGGACGUGACGCGAUCUCGGCAGCGCUUUGAAGAGACGAUGCUGAAUGCGUUGAACGACCUCCCACGGGAACGGGAACGGCUCAAGACGUCUUCAGACGGCCUGGCAGCACCGUUCGAAGCAAAGGCGCCGCGGCUGCUGUGGUUUGACCGGGCCACCAACACGCAGGUCCUCGAGGACUUUCCGGCCGCCGUCGACCUCAAGUCCAUGCUGCUGGCGACCGUCAACCCAGGGACAGAGACGAGGCAUGCUCUCGCACAGGAUGCGCAGCUCAGUCGCUCCAUCGGCGUCGCGCUGGGCGCAUGGCUGCGCUCCUUUCAUGCUUGGACGUCGGAGCGCGGGGCGGCCCGUUCGACGCUCCGGCGGGCCAUGGCAGCCAACGAGCCCAUGCGCCGGCUGAAGCGCCAGAUCACGUACGACGCCCUGGUCCGCGUGGUCGCGCAGUUCCCAGACGCCCUGGGGGAUCGUCUUCCGAUUCUCGAAGCGGUGCAAGCCGCGGCAGCCGCCGAGUUUGACAAAACGCCGCCGGCCGAGGGUGACGACGACGACGAAGACUGGGGCAUCAUCCACGGCGACUUUUGGUCGGGAAACAUCCUCCUCCCCGACGAGGGCCACCUCAAGCCGCAUGCGCCUGGGCAGCCGCUCUUCGUCGUCGACUGGGAGUUUGCGCAGUACGGCCGCCGCGCGUACGACAUUGGCCAGCUGCUCGGUGACCUGGUCGAGCGCGACCACUUCCGAGGCGCGAAAGCGUCACGGGACGUCCUUACCGGGUUCGUGUCAGGCUACUUUGGCGAGGCCGACGAAAAGACAAAACGCCGACGUGCGUUCCGCAUUGCCAUCCACGCCGGCGUCCAGCUCAUCGGCUGCUUCAUCCGGCGCGCCCCCACGGGACCACUGCCCGGCACGCCCGAGCAGGUCCAACAGGCCAUCCAGCUGGGCACAGAUUUUGUGGUCAAGGCCUGGAUGAAAGACCGUGACUGGUUCCAGAACAGCGUCCUCGCGCCAUUAUUUGAGUAA